AUGGACGAGCGCUUCAACAGGUGGCUGCUGCCGCCGCUGCUGGCGCUGCUCUUCUUGCUCAUCGUCUACCAGUACGUGUCGCCCGCCUGCCCCGGCGCCGCCUGCCCCCGCCGCCCGCCGGCCUCCGCCGCCCGCCGCGCGGGGGGCCCGGCGGAGCGGGAGGAGGCGGCGGCGGGCGCCGCGGAGGAGGAGGCGGCGGCGGAGGCGUCGCUGCCGCGGCUGGUGGCCAAGUUCCCGUUCGCGCGGGGGGAGUUGUGCCGGCGGGUGCGGUUCGACAUGCGGGGCCGCGACGUGAUCGUCUUCCUCCACAUCCAGAAGACGGGCGGCACUACCUUCGGGCGGCACCUGGUGCGCAACAUCCGCCUGGAGCAGCCCUGCUACUGCCGGGCCGGGCAGAAGAAGUGCGCCUGCCACCGCCCGGGCGGCGACAAGGACACCUGGCUCUUCUCCCGCUUCUCCACCGGCUGGAGCUGCGGGCUGCACGCCGACUGGACCGAGCUCACCAGCUGCGUGCCCGCCGCCAUGGAGCGCCGGGGCUGCGCCGGCAACCGCACCCUCAGGAACUUCUAUUACAUCACGAUGCUGAGGGACCCGGUGUCACGGUACUUGAGUGAAUGGAAGCAUGUCCAGAGGGGUGCGACGUGGAAAACUUCCCUUCAUAUGUGUGAUGGAAGAAGCCCAACACCAGAUGAGCUGCCUACCUGUUACGAAGGAGAUGACUGGUCUGGAGUCAGUUUACAGGAAUUCAUGGAUUGUAGCUACAACUUGGCCAACAACCGCCAGGUGCGCAUGCUAGCAGACCUCAGCCUGGUGGGAUGCUACAACUUGACUUUUAUGAAUGAGAGUGAAAGAAAUAUGAUUCUUCUCCAAAGCGCCAAGAACAAUCUGAAAAAUAUGGCCUUCUUCGGGCUCACAGAAUUUCAGAGGAAAACGCAGUAUCUCUUUGAGAGGACAUUCAACCUGAAAUUCAUUUCCCCAUUCACCCAAUUCAACGUUACGCGGGCCUCCAACGUGGACAUUGGUGAGGAUGUGCGGCAACGGAUAGAGGAGCUGAAUUUCUUGGACGUGCAGCUGUACGAAUACGCGAAGGACCUGUUCCUGCAGCGCUUCCAGUACUCCAAGCAAGAGGAGCAUCAGAAGAACCGGCUAAAGAGGCGAGAGGAGCGGCGGCUGCUGCGGGAGCAGAGAGCUCAUCAGUGGCCAAGGGAAGAGGCAGCAGAAGUAGCCGUUACUGAAGAUUAUAAUAGUCAGGUCGCAAGGUGGUGA